GAAACCCACGGUGGCGGCAUGUGCGUGCAAGUGCUAAAGUUCGUUCAACUUUUUCUUUCUUUCCACUCCAGUUUUAUUGCUUUCGCAUUCGCUCUCCUGCUGGGGUGGGGAGCUGCACAGGCGCUCCUGCCCUUUCCAAGGCGGGGGAGGCAGGCAGGGGGCGCAUGUCUCUUUAAGGCAGGUCCCACGACGGGUUGUUAUGCUGGAGAGUGAAGGAAGUGACGGGGCGAUUGAAUGAAAAGGAGCAAAAAAAAAAAAAAAAAAAAAAGGAGGAGAGAGAGAGAAAGAGAAAGAGAGAGAAGUAAGGGGGAGCUUGAAAGGGGAGACAGAGGAAGGCGAGGCGAGGGCCGGCAGCAGGAACAACGGGAGCCGAGGCGAGGGCAGCAGCAGUCAGCAUCCGAGCACCCCUGGCAGCCGGGCGGGGCGGAGCGCAGCCGCAAGAGGACUUUCCCAGGAGUAGACCUCCCUCGCCAGCAGCCCAUGCGGUGUCCGGCGGAGGGACAUCCAGGGGCUCGAGGGGGCGCCAGUGCAGGGGUGUUUUUUUCCCCGGCGAGGGGAUAAGGAGACGGCAGGCAGUCAAGCCAGGAGCCUCCGCCAACUCCAGAAGGAAAGUUGCAAACUUUGGGAAAGUUUCUCUCCUUCUUCGCGGACGGGGCGGUGGAGCUGCGGAGAGCGUGAUCGGGACUCCGGCCGGGAGGGGGGUCCUUCUUACAGGGUGUUUGGAUCAGUCUCUCUUCCCUCGCCCUCAAUACCCCCCACUUUCUGCUGGAGAUGCUCUGCCAGGGAGGAGGAGGAGGAGGCUGGCUCCGUUUCUUCUUGACGGCGCUGCUCUGGCCCCAGCCUCUGCCCUGGGUGGCCGCUGCGUCGGGGGCCCCGUCGGAGCUGCGAGUCCGCGUCCGGCUCCCCGAUGGGCAAGUGACGGAGGAGAGCCUACAGGCGGACAGCGGGGCGGACUGCGUCACCCUGGAGCUCCGCAAGGGCGACGGCACCCUCAUCACCCUCACGGCCGACUUCAAACAGGUGCGGGGGCGCACGCGGGGGUCGUCAGGGGCACAGGAAUUGUGGCUUGGGGGGGGCUUUCCCGCCAGGAAAAUGUGAUGGUCUUUCCUCUAAGGUAAGAGGAUGAACGGGGGAACCAACUGGAAAGGAUGGGGUUAAUAGAUACACACCCACACACCCAAUAUUCUAAUAAUAAUAAUUUAUUAUUUGUACCCCGCCCAUCUGGCUGGGCUUCCCCAGCAACUCUGGGCGCUUCCAACAAAGAUUAAAAAUACAUUAAAAGGUCACACAUUAAAAACUUCCCUGGCUCAUUGGUUAAACUUUUAAUCUCCCCCUUCCUCCAAUGAGCUGAGGGGAGCAUCUAUGGUGUGUGCCCCUCCCUCUAUUUUAUCUUCACAGCAGCCCUUGGAGGUAGGUCAGACUGAAAGAGUGCUAGAUAUCUGAAGGCCUGAGGGGGGGCGGAACUAAUUCUAGUCCUCCCGAUUUUAUCCUGGUGGCCUUCACAUCUCUGAGUGUCUUCUUGCCUAUAGUGACUGUGGGAGAUUCAUAAGCUCUGCAAGGAUUUGAAGUGGUGGCUCAGUGAACUCUAAGCCUGAGUUUCUACCCACUAGGCUGAGUUGGACUGAGAGCUUUCAGAGGUGAGUGGGAGGUUGUAACCUCCAGGGUAAAGUGCAAGACAAGGGAAAGGAGCCAAUCCAUUUGGUCGGAAGGUAGUGGGAUUGACUUUAUAUGUGUCUAGAGGGGCCUUUGGCCUCAUCCAGGAGGACUCUUCUUACCUUAUGUCUUAUUUCUGAGAAACAGUGUAUAGGGUUUCAGCUUGGAGAUUGCUUCAAAGACAGCAUCUGCAUCUUUGAUUUCCCAACCAAUGCCAGAGAUGCAACGAUCACAUCUGCUCACAUCCUUACAGUGUUCUGGGAGUUUUUUUACGGAGUUGGCUCCCAGACAUCAAAGGCUAGUUCAUUCAUUGCACCCGCACGCAAAAGCCACACGCAUCACCAAAUCCCUCUCCGCCCCCCACCCCCCGUGAUUUAGCUCACUCUCCCUGCAUAAAGAGGGUGGGGACCAGGAUUGUAGGAAUUGGCCUGACUAGCUUGAGGAUAUAUCUAAUAUUAAACAUAAGUGCCUAACUGGAUCAGGGCAGUGGCCCACCUAGUCCAACAUCUGGUUCCCACAGUGACCAAUCAGAUGCAUCAUGCAGGACCCAAACACAAGAGAAUUCUCCCCUCCUGUGGUUUCCAGCAACUGGUAUUCAGAAGCGUUACUGCCUCUGACUGUGAAGGUAGAGCAGAGCCAUCACAGCUAGUAACCACUGAAAGCCUUAUCUUCUAUGAAUCUGUCCAAUCCUCUUUUAAAGCCAUCUAAGUUGGUGGCUAUCACUGCCCACUGCAGAAGUGAGUUCCAUAGUUUAACUAUGUAUGGCAAGGUCCUCCCCCCCCCCCCCCGUCGUGAAUCUUCCAACAUUCAGCUUCAUUGAAUUUCAAUGAGACAGAAAUUAACAGCUAUAUGACUUUUAGAAGACAUCUGAGGGCAGCCCUGUACAGAGAAGUUUGAUGUCUUACUGGGUUUUUACAAUUUGUUGGAAGCCACCCAGAGUGGCUGGGGCAACCCAGUCAGAUGGGUGGAGUACAAAUAAAAUAAUAAUAGUAAUAGUGUUAGGAGAAAGACAGAAAAACUUUUCUCUUUCUCCAGUCUCCAUCUCAUGCAUAACUGUAUACACUUGCACGCUGUCACCCUUACUAGCUGUUUCUCUAAACUAACAAGUCCCAAAUGGUGCAAGCCUUUAUUGCAGAUUUCCUCGAGGCAUUUGGUUGGCUGUUAGAAACAGAUCUUCAGACUGGAAAGACCCUUGGUCUGACCCAGCAAAGUUCUCCUUAUGCUCACUGAACUGCAGUGGUAAGGAAUCAAGAGAUAGCAUGCACAUGUUUGAACAGAGACUGCAUCUUAUGGCUUCCAUGUGCAACAGGAGCUUUCCAACCCACAGCAGCUGCUUGAAAAUGAAGAUCAGUCCUGAUUGAAAGGCUCCCGCAAUGGAGUAAUCGCUGUGCGGUCAGUGACACAGCCCCAAACAACUGGCUUGCUUGUGCUCUGGGUGUGGGAGGCGAGGAGCAUCUCUCUGUGCCCCAGCCAUUGUCCUUUCCUUAUUAAGCAGAGGCGUCUGUAGAUCCCUGCCUCCCUCCACCCCACCCCUGAACGGUCCACUGUCUGGAAUAUGGUCUCUGGUGUAUUUUGCAGUGGCCUACAUUACGCAGUGGAAUGGAGCAGAUCAAAGAGACUCCAGCCUGGGAACUCUGGUCACUGAUAUCUUCUCAUGGAGGGAGAAGCUUGCAGGAUGAGUGGGAGGGUGGGAGUGUUUAUAGAGGAUCUUUAACUGUGAUUUCUGGCAUUAGGUUUUCAGAAAGAGAGGGGAGUGAUCCCAUGCAGGCCUCCACAAACUGAUGCACCAUGCAAAAGCCUCUUUUUUGCCUUGUUUGUGGAGGGAGAAAUCUCAGAUGGGUAGGGUACAAGAAAUAAACGUUGUUGUUUGUUGUUGUUAUGAUGGUUCUGUGCUUUGGAGCAGGCCGACUCUAUUGCCUACAAAGUCCAGUAGGCUCUAGAGAACAGCCUCCAAGUUUUCCUGGCAGGGGAGAGUUGGGGGGAACCCAAAUUAGGACCAGCAAGUAAACCAAAGCAAGCUGUGGGAGGCUCCCCUCUCCUCCACCACCACACUGUAAUCCCAGGUCCGGGUCCUAACUAGAUCUGUGUCAGCUUAACACAAGGGAUGAGGAAUUCACAGGCUGUUGUUCGACUCCAACUCACAUCAUCCCUGACCCAUAGCUGUGCUGGCUGGGGCAGAUGGCAGCUGGAGAUCCAGAGAGUCACAGAGUCCCCCAUCCCUGCCUUAAACAAAACAAGUUAAGAACCAGAUAUGGAAUCUGGAAUUGGAGAGGUAGCUGGGAAGGUGCAGUGAGGGAAUGAGUCUCUGCCUGGAUGGAAUAUGCAUUCAAGGACCUUGCCCCAUGUUGUAAAAUGGGCAUCCCCAUCCAGGUGCCUUUUGGACUUCAGACCCCAUCAUCAUCAGCCUGAAUAGCUCAGUUGGUUAGAGCAUGGUGCUGAUAAAGCCAAGGUUGCAAGUUUGAUCCCUGAAUGGGACAGCUGCAUAUUCCUGCAUUGAAGGCUUGGACUAGAUGAUCCUCAUGGUCCCUUACAAUUCUAUGAUUCCUGCCCAUGGGUCAUGCAGACAGAGGCUGGUGGGAAUUAUAGUUCAAAAUAUGGAGGGUAACUGGGUGGCAAAGACUGUUUUAGACAGUCCUGCUCUAAGAGCAAGGCAGACCAGCUCUGACUCUGUUGUUGUUGUUGUUGUUGCAGCCUUCUAAGUUUCUAUCUCUCACAUUCAGCUUUUCUACAGCUUUUCUAGCUAGAAUUGUUGAGGACUGAACCUGUGACCUUUCCCAUGCAACACACAUGCUCUACCGCUGAGCUGUGCCCUUCUCUAAUUGUGUUUAACCUCCUUUUACAAGCAUCCUGGGGCUGUGGGUUCCACUGGUUAACAGUGCAUUGUGUGAAAGCAAUGUCUUUUCAACACCCUGAAUCUCCUGCUGUAGCUCUCGCCAAGACACGGUCCUUCACAAAAUUAGCCUCUUUAGGUGCCAUUGGUCCAUUGAGCUUAGUACUGUCUAAACUGACUGAAAGUGGAUCUUCAGGGUUUUCAGUCUGAAGAUGCUGGGAAGUGAACCUGUGACCUCUGUGCAAACCAUGUGCUCUGCCGCAAAAAUAAAGCCCUUCUCUGCAAGAGGAAGGUCUGAUAAACACAGGGGUGGUAGUUGGAAAGAAUGGAAGAAUGUGCCUGAUUAUCGUGUUCUGCUACUUUCUUGUCCUUCCCUGUUGAGGUUCAGUAGGUCCUGCCUUACUGGUUGCAGGAUGUCAGCUGAAGUGGUACUGGAUGCUGAAUUUAACUUCUCCCAAAUCUCAGUUUUCAUUUUGUGUUCAAAAAAAGGAUGUUCCUAGCCCUUAUGACUGUGAAUAUGCUAGAAAAUAUGCUGGUAGUGCUUGGUGAAUUCAGAAGCCAGAAUUCACCAAGCACUGUUGGUUAAUUCACCCCUGGGGAUUUAUUAAUAACCUUUAGCACUGUCAAAAAUAGCCUAGAAUAAUGCACAUGGUUUUUUCCUUGUUCUGUCAUCACAAGAACCCUGCAGAUUGUUUAAGUUAAGAUUCACCAAAGGUUUCUUGGCCAGCUUAAUGAUUGAGUGAGAUUUGAACCUGGGUCUCACUGGGCAGCCUCGUCUGACACUGUUACUGCAGUACACUGGCUAUCCUGGGUCUGGUCUUGCUCUUCCCUAUGACUAGCAAAAGAAGAAUUACACAAUGGGGUAAUAAAGAAAAGUCUAUUUAUGGGAAAGUAGAGCAAUUGGGCACAUAUCUUUAAUUUGCAUAGAAUGAGACAGGCUGGGGAAUUUAGCUUUUGAUGUCACAAAGUUCAGAUUACCAAUGUGCAGUGUACCUAUGUCAUGAUGAAAGAUCUUUGAGUAAACUGUGGUCCCUUAUAGCUUGUCUGCAAGUCCCUCAAAUUGUCUGCUGCAAGAUAAGUAAUAAUGGAAAGCCCCAAAGCACCCUCACACAGAGAGGGUUACCUGCUGUGUUCCUGCCAUAAUUCUUUCCCAUCUCUGAUAUGGCCAGGGUGUUCUGGCCAACUUCUGGUGGGACCUCCUCCCCCACCCACCCCCAUUCUUUGUUUGGAUUCUUUCAAAGAAUGCAGCACCAAGUAGAAAUGGCUGUUAACCAGCAAGGCCCUUCAGCUGCCCUUAAGCAAAGGGGUGUGCUGAGAAUUAAUUAGCACAGGUCAAUUAUGCCUCGACCAUUAGAAGAUCUUUAACAUGCUGCCUUGCUCUAUAACUUUGCAUACAUGGGUGGACCAUGCAGAUCUUAUUAAAAACAAGUACAGUAGUACCUCGGGUUACAUACGCUUCAGGUUACAUAGGCUUCAGGUUACAGACUCCGCUAACCCAGAAAUAUUACCUCAGGUUAAGAACUUUGCUUCAGGAUGAGAACAGAAAUCAUGCUCCAGCGGUGCAGCGGCAGUUGGAGGCCCCAUUAGCUAAAGUGGUGCUUCAGGUUAAGAACAGUUUCAGGCUAAGAACGGACCUCCGGAACGAAUUAAGUACUUAACCCGAGGUACCACUGUAAAUGAGUGAGAGAUGUGGCUCCUCUGCUUCAUUGCAACUCAUUGUGUGUAUUGUAGAUGCAAGCCCCUUGGUGGUGGUGGAGAUAUAUAUGGAAAUUGUAAAGCCCUUGGGUCUUAGACCUGGCCAUUUAUUCUUUCUAAAGCACCGUGCACAUGAAUAGUACACUGUUAUUGGUGGUGGUGGUUACAAAUGAGGCCUACCACAAAAUGUUGCAGCGUCGAGUGCUGCUUUCCCCCGUCCUGUUCUCAUUUCUCUCCCUAGCAGCACCACUUUUCAGCAGUCAGCUAGCCAUCGGUGGCCAAUGAGCAUGCUCAGCCCUCAUUGGUCAGCUCCUCCUUUUAAGAUUUCGCUUCUAGUUUUGCAAACUUUGGGAUUCCGGUUCCUUGGGAUUCCAGUUUCUUGGCUAUCUAAGGCUCAGCAUUUGGAGAAUGGGGUCACUAUUGGAAUAUACGCAAUGGGGACUUCACAGAGAUAAUUUAGUUGUUCUUGUAAGCCCUGGCAAUGCAUCCAAAAAGACUCUUGUCUUUUAUCUUGGGAAAGCAGAUCCUUUCCUUGCACUGUAUUGGAAUCUGCCUUUUGAAGCUUCCUCUGGUUUCACGAGCGAUUUGCUAGAAAACCUUGGCAUCUUGCUGUUUACACCUCCAGCCUCACUGAGCAUAUGGAGCUCAUUAUAUGGUUCUCUGGGCCCCCACAUUUAUCAAGGGUUACAAUCUGCGAGCCAUGGAUCUCUGACCUUUAUUCCUUUAUCUCCCUGCAUUCCCAGAUGUGAAUGAGAUCCCAAUGCUCCGGCCAAAAUAGAUGUAAUGCAGGAAACCCAUGACGAUGUUGUUCCACAGGGGCCAUUUUUGAAAAUUAAUAGAAAUCAUAGGGACUGGGACUAUGGCACAGAAGGAGGAAGGUGUUAUACUUUAUCUUCUCCCAUUCUAAGCUGUUUUGUGCCUGAUGGGGAGACAACCUACAGGUCACGUACAGUCAGGAGUGCCAGCUUGGCCCUGUGUCCGUGGGCGCCCAAGGCUGCGGGGGCCUGGCUCCUUCACAGGGAAUUUUGUGGGUACUCAGGCAUGCAGGGCCCCAGAGAGCUGGCACCUAUGCAUACAGUAGAAACAUAGGAUGCUGCCUUAUACUGAGAAAUACUCAUGGUCCAUUCAGCCCAGUACGGUCUACACUGACUGGCAGCAGCACUGCAGGGUUUCAGAGCAGGGUUCUCUCCCAGCCCUGCUUGGAGCUGCUGGGUAUUGAACCUGGACCUUCUGCAUGCAAAGCAGGUGCUCUAACCGCUGAGCUGCGGCCCUUGUAUUUAAGAUCAAAAUAUAUAGGUGUUUGACAAUACUAAGAUACCUCUAAACAUUCUUCUGUGGGGAAAUGACAAAAAGAAAUAUUUUUGGAGUGGGGUGAGUUUAAUGAGGAAAACAAAUUGCAUGGGGAAAGCGUUAAAUGGCUUUCACAUCAGUUUGACCUGGUUCGUUCUUCCUACCAGUGACUUCUAUUCUUUUCUCUUUUUUUAUCUGAGCAGAGAUUCUUAUUGCAAAUCUCUUGCACCACAUCUCAUUUGGCUCUCAGGCUGGGCAGACACCCCCCCCCAAGUGUCCCUAUUUUCCAGGGACUGUCCCAGAUUUACAGAAGCUAACAUGGUUUUUUAUUUGAUCCUGGAAUGUCCCACUUUUCCUUAAAGGUAAAGGGACCCCUGACCAUUAGGUCCAGUCAUGGCCGACUCUGGGGUUGCGGCGCUCAUCUCGCUUUAUUGGCCGAGGGAGCCAGCGUACAGCUUCCAGGACAUGUGACCAGCAUGACUAAGCUGCUUCUGGCAAACCAGAGCAAUGCACAGAAACACCGUUUACCUUCCCGCCGGAGCGGUACCUAUUAUCUACUUGCACUUUGACGUGCUUUCCAACUGCUAGGUUGGCAGGAGCAGGGACCGAGCAACGGGAGCUCACCCCAUCGCGGGGAUUUGAACAGCCAACCUUCUGAUUGGCAAGUCUUAGGCUCUGUGUUUUAACCCACAGUGCCACCCACCACCCACCACCUGCGUCCCAAUUUUCCUUAGGAUGUCCCUAUUUUCAUCAGAGAAUUGUUGGAGGCUAUGCAGUGGCAAAGGACUUUACAUCCUCCAGAGCACUGUUGCUGCUUUGUAUACUGAGUGGCCUGUAGGGAGGACAGGAUCUAGGUCUCCACCCUGUCGAUGAACCCCUUCUUUUAGACGCUGAAUUUAAGAGCGGCCCUACUGAAUCAGACCAAUGGCCUGUCAAGUCCAGCAUCCUAUUCUCACAGCAGCCAACCAGAGGGUUGUAGGAAACCCUCAAGGAAGACCAGAGGACAAGAGCACUCUCUCCUCCUGUGGCUUUUAGCAACUGAUAUUCAGAAGAAUUACUGCGUCCAACCAAGGAGACAGAGCAAAGUCAUUAUGGCUAGUAGACUUUUUCUCCUCCAUGAAUUUGUCCAGCCCAGGUUGGGGGCUAUCGCUGCUUCCUGUGGGACCAAUGCCCUAGUUUAACUAUGUGUUGCUUGAAUAAGUUCUUUCUUUUAUCUGCCCUGAAUUUUCCAACAUUCAGCUUUAUUGCACGUCCAUGACUUCUAGUCUUACAAGAGACAAAGAAAAACUUCUCUCUCACACUCUCUCUUUUAUUAAUUUUUAUGUUUUACAAUUUGAAAUACUCCUUUUACAUCCUUAAUGACUUCCCUUCUUUUCUUUCCAUGGUUCAUUUUACAUAUCAUAAAUCCCUGCAUAUUUUACAGAAACUAUACCAUUCAGUAUUUCAUUACUGCAUCCAUCAAAACGUGUUUACACUGUUGAACUUAUAUUAAUGCUGCCAGUGUUUUCAGCUGUACACAAUCAUUUCCCAUAUAUUCAAUAAACAUUUUCCAAUCUUCUUUAAACGUAUAUUCUUCUUGUUCUCUUGUUCUGUAUGUUAUGUUUGCGAGUUGUGCAUAUUCUGUCAACUCAAGUUGCCAUUCUUCUUUAGUUGGGACCUCGCUUGUUUUCCAUUUCUGGGACUAACAAAACAUAGGCCACAGUAGUAGCAUACAUAGAAAAACUUUCCUCUAUUCACUUCCUCCAUGUCAUGCAUGGGGGGGGACUUUGAUCAUGUCACCACUUAUUCGCCUUUUAACUUUGACUCUCUCAGGGAUUCUCCUAUAUUAGAUCCAGCCCUUGCCUUUGUGUCAACCUUGCACAAAGAUCUGUUCUUAGGCAGAGACAAGGAAAGGGAGGGUCCUUCUGGAAGAAAACCAUGUGAGUUCUAGCAUUCCCAGAUGUUUGUUCUUUCCAUUACCCGCCCUUCCAUACACAAAGAAAUGCUAUUGAAUUCCACAGCACUGGUGUGGUUGCUCCAGAAUCCUCUCUGGAUUUGCUUAGCUCAGUGAUGGCCAAACUUGGGCCUCCAGCUGUUUUGGGACUACAGUUCCCAUCAUCCCUGACCACUGGUCCUGUUAGCUAGGGAUGAUGGGAGUUGUAGUCCCAAAACAGCUGGGGGGCCAAGUUUGGCCAUCACUGGUUAGCUGAACAUGAGUGCCACUGACAGAUGCUGGAAAUGGGUGGAGGAAGCUGCUGAAGGAUGUAGGAUGUAGCUCCCACAAGUUCCCACCAACCUAGGUUAGGAUUAGACAAAUUCAUGGAGGAGAAGGCUAUCUCUCUACCAGUUAUGCUCUGCCUGCCCGGUUGGAAGUUAGUGAUGCUUCUGAAUGCCAGUUCCUGGAAACCACAGGAGGAGAGAGGUCUCUUGUGCUUGGGUCCUGCUUGCAGAAUUCCCAUUGGUGCAUCUCAUUGGGAAUAGGAUGCUGGACUAAAUGGGCCAUUGUUCUAAUCCAUCAGGUUCUUCUCACGUUCUUGGAGAGGUUUUCUGCAAGGGUACCUGAGGGUGGGCAUCUGCAGGAAGAAGUUCUAGCUUCGGGGAAUACUCAUUCUGACCCAGGUGGAGAACCCCUUUAUCUUCCUGAGGCCUUCAUUCUCUUCUGGGCAACAGUUUGAGGGCCGCAUGUCCUCCAUCCAUCCAGGCAGGCAGAAGAUGUGAUUGGAGUUCAAGGACAUAUGCCAGCUAGGCAGAAAUACUUGGGGAGCAAAGCAGUACCAGCAACGGGCUGUGACCUAGGGAAAGGGCCAGAUGGAGCAGCCUCAGGGGCCAGAGAUCCCCCACUUCCUGGUAUAUGCCACCUUAAUGGUUGAGCUGCUCAUUCUUCUAAAGUUCUACUGGUUGGCCACUGGAGUCCCCUGAGCUGAAUCUGGCCCAUGGCAGGUUUCCAGUUGGCUUUGGAGUUGUUGCCUGCUGUUUUUUUCUUGGGGUGCAGCCUGGAUAAAGCUUCCUCUGUAUUCUAAAGGUGGUAUCUCUGCUUUUUCCAGCUUUGCAUAGCAGCCUAGCCCAGUCAGCGUAAAGCUCAUGCCGAUUUCAAAACUGUACUUUGCCCCUUUUAUAGCAGCAGAGAAGAGCACUUCAGUCUGGCUGCGUACUAUUUGAGGAAUUGAAAGUGAAAGAAUUGCUGCAAUCUUUGUGGCUUCCCGCUACUCUUGACCUCAGCUUGCGUUAUCUUGGCUUGAAACUCUUCAUUCAUCCCAGAGGAAGGAACGAGAUGCCAUCUAAGUGCUGGGAAGUGGGGGAGGGUCUGCAGCUCAAGCAGUGUUUAAAAUUCCUAGGUGCUGGGUUAGAUUCCAAGGAACCUUUGUGGUGUAAAAUUGCUGCGCCCUGGCCUGAGAUCAAUUCUUGCCAUUUGUAUAGCAGUUCAGGGUCUUCACCAGGUGUGUGGAGGUUGCACAUACUGGUAAUCCUUGCAACAGUCCUAUAAAGUACAGGUGAACUGAAUCCUUUUCGGCUUGAGGGCCACAUAACCUUCUGGGUGACCUUCCAAAUGUGCACAUGCACCUACUCUCUCUCUCUCUCUCACACACACACACUCCUCUCGAAUCUCUAUCCAGGCAAAAAAAAGAGGCGUUAUUGGAGUUCCAGUGCACAUUCCAGGCAGACAGAACCACUCAAGGAGAAUGUGAAGCAGGGCUGGUGAGGUUGUGUGGCCUUAGGAGAGAGAGGGUAUAGCCUAGGAGAGUGCACGAUCUAGGGACAGUCUCUGUAUGUUGCAAGUAAGGGCCUCCAGCAGAGGGCAUCUUAUCAGGAGGUCCCAUUCUGCAUAUUGGUAAUUUAGGAACUGAAUUCCCUCCCGUUAUACCCACCAACAUUUCUCCAAUGAGAAUAGGGACAUCCUAUUUAAUAAUAAUAAUAAUAAUAAUAAUAAUAAUAUUCUAUUAUUUCUACCCUGCCCAACUGACUGGGUUGCCCCAGCCACUCUGGGUGACUUCCAACAUAUAUAAACACAAAAUUAAACAUUAAACAUUUUUUAAAAAAACCUUCCCUAUACAGGGCUGCCUUCAGAUGUCUUCUAAAAGUUGUAUAGUUACUUGUCGUCUUGACUCGGGGGUUGCAUAACACCAACAUUUCUCUGAUGAAAAUAGGGACAUGCUAAGGAAAAGCGGGACGUUCCGAGAUUGAAUCAGAAACUGGGACGGCUUCUGUAAAUCCAGGACUGUACCUGGAAAAUAGAGGCACUUGGAGGGCCUGUCACUGGCAGCCACUGUCUCUCCCCUCCUUUUCUGGUGCCUACUGGAGAUCAUCCUCUUCCAAAAAGCCUUUUAAGUAGAGAUCUUUCCCAGUCUGCAUCUGCAUGGGGAUUGUUUUAAAGGUAUUUUAUUGUUUUGUUGCUUGCUGAUGACACACCGGGCUACUUAAGAAAGGUGGGUUAUGAAUCAUAAUAAUAAUCAUCAUAAAGCCUGCAUGGUACUUUAAGGUAGCGAUGGAAAUCCUGUGGCCCUCUAGAUGUUGAUGGACUAUAACUAACACCCAUAAUCUCUGGAAGGUUAUGUAUUUAUUAUUUUUAUUCCAUUAAAUGUAUGCACUCUCCUUGGUGGUUAAAAAAACCAAAACUCUCCUAGAGGUUUAUCAUGAAAAACACACCAAUUAAAUUAUUGGUAAAAACACUAAAAAAAAAAAAAAAACCAAAACCCAACCAUUUUAAAGCAUUAAUUUUUUUAAAAAAAAAUUGGCAUUAAAGUAAAAAACAAACAAACCACCGAUUAAAACAUACAUCAACAUUCUAUGUAUCUUUGUAAGGUAAAGGUAAAGGGAUACCUGACCAUUAGGUCCAGUCGUGGCUGACUCUGGGGUUGCAGUGCUCAUCUCGCUUUACUGGCUGAGGGAGCCGGCGUACAGCUUCCAGGUCAUGUGGCCAGCAUGACUAAGCCGCUUCUGGCGAACCAGAGCAGCACAUGGAAAUGCCGUUUACCUUCCCACCAGAGCGGUACCUAUUUAUCUACUUGCGCUUGAUGUGCUUUCAAACUGCUAGGUUGGCAGGAGCAGGGACCGAGCAAUGGGAGCUCACCCCAUCGCGGGGAUUCAAACCACUGACCUUCUGAUCAGCAAGUCCUAGGCUCUGUGGUUUAAGCCACAGCGCCACCCGUAUUCCUUGUAUCUUUGUAGGCUUGCCUAAAAAAAAUGUUUUUAGCAUGUGCCGUAAAGUGUACAGUGAAGAUUCCUGUGUGAUGUCAAUAGGCAGGGAGUUCCAAAGUUUCUAACAACUGUGGAAUGGGCGUUAUGUGAAUGGGGCAGAUGGGAACCCAACAACAUCUUGGACCCAGGUUCCCCAUCUCUGCCUUAAAGCUUGCCUGCUUCUGUGUGAACCUGUUCAUUUGCUGAGGUCCUCUUUGCACCAUUGCUCUCUGAGAGGGAAAAGAGGCAAUUUGGGAUGCACAGCGAGGCGGUCCGGAAGUUUCAAGGCAGGUUCUCAGCAGGAAUAAACCUGGCGACGUUAAACAUUAGCAAAUUUAUCACACGGUUAUUAAAGUAUAUAUUUCCUGCAGGCUGUGUUUGAGGGCAGGCAGGGGCAGAGUUUGGCAGAAUAUUGCUUUUGUUAUCCUGUGGAGCAGCCGUGCAAUCGACACAGGGUUAAGCACAUCUUUUAAAGUGUGUGGGGUGGGAGCUUUCCGUAUGGAACAUUUUGAGUUCAAAUAAACUUGAAACCUGAAAAUGGUGUUGUUGCUUCAAGAAGCCUGUCCCCUAAGGCAGGGGUCAUAUCCUGAUCCUCCAAUGGCUGUGAAUUUCUUGGUGUCCUUGUGUCUGAACCCUGUUAUCUCCAAUUUGGGCGUGUGUGAGAGAAAAAUUAUAUCAGAUAGGACCUUGUUUACAUCUAAUGUUAAGCCCAGACCAUGAAUGAGCAAGCAUGCAAGACUUUGGAGAUAGGAUCUCAAGCCAUUUUUCCCCACCUGGGUCAUUUUUAUGCUGUGCUAAGCCAUGGUGUGGCUUUGGUGUGUAUUGUCCAAAACCUGUUCCAUGGUUUAGCACUCCCAGAUCACAGAAUCAUAGUGUUCAAAGGGCCUCCAAAGAUCAUUUAGUUCAACCUCUGCAAUUCAGGAAUCACAGCUAAAAAAAUCCCUGAUAGAUGGCCAUCCAACAUCUGUUUAAAACUUCCAGUGAAGAAGAGCCCACUGCCUUCUGAGGUAAUCUUCAACCACUGUUGAACAGCUCUUGACAUCAGGAAGUUCCUCCUAAUAUUUAGUCAGAAUCUGCUCUCUCACAAUUUGAAUCUGUUGAUUUUGGUCCUACCCUCUGGAGCAGGAGAAAACAAACUUGCUCUGUCUUCCAUGUGACAGGCUUUCAAAUAUUUCAAGGAACAGGCUAGGCAUACCCAACUCCCUCAACUGUUCCUCAUAAGGCUUGGUUUCCAGACAGUUGAUUAUCUGGUCACCCACCUCUGCACACAUUCCAGCUUGUCAAUAUCCUUCUUAAACUGUGGUGCCCGGAACUAUACACAGUACUCAAGGUGUGGUCUGACCAAGGCAGAAUAAAGUGGGACUAUUACUUCCCUUGAUUGGACACUAUGCUUCUUUUGAUGGAGCCUAGAAUAGCCUUAGCCUUCCCCCCUCCCUGCUGUAUCACACUGUUGACUCGUGUUAAGUUUGUGAUCUACUAAGACCCUCUAGAUCCCUUUUAGUGAACUGUUGUCAAGCCAGGUGAUCCCCCAUCCUAUAUCUGUGCAUCUGGUUCUUCCUGCCUAUGUUUAGAAUCUUACAUUUGUCCUUACUGAAAUUCUUUUUGUUAGUUUUGGCCCAGUUCUCCCAUCUGUUAAAUUCCUUUUGAAUCCUGAUUCUAGCUUCUGAGGUAUUAGCUACUCCUCCAAGUUUGGUAUCAUCUGCAAAUUUGUUGAGCAUCGUUUCUAGUCUUUCAUCCAAGUCAUUUAUAAAGACAUUGAACAACACUAGGCCUAGGCCAGAACCCUGCAGCAUUCCACUUGUCACUUUUUCCCCAGGGUGAAGUUUUAUUGGGUUAGGACAGUUAGGGUUGCCAUAUGCCCUCUUUUUCCAGGACAUGUUCUCUUUUUCAUGGGUUGUCAUAACGAUCCACAGUUAAAAGCAGAAGUCGGAAAAUGUGUCUUCUUUUCUGCUCUUCAAAAUAUGGCAACCCUAACAGUCACAAAUCCGUCUAACGGCAACAAAUGUAUUAAUUUUUAUUUGUUGUUUCAUAAAAUUUAUACACUGCUUGGUUGUUAAAAACAAACAAACAAACCCACAAAGCGUUUUCCAAAAGAUAAAACAUUAAAAUCAAGAAAAAUUCACAACCAUACUUUAAAACAUACAAAAGUUAAAAUACUAAAACAGAUUAAAAUCACCUCCACUUUCUAAGCAUCUGAGUAGGCUUGUCUAAACAGGAAUGUUUUUAGCAGGUGCAGAAAAGAGUUCAGUGAAGUUGCCUGCUGGAGCUCAAUAGGCAGGGAGUUCCAAUGUUUUAGGCACUCAUUUAGUAGGUUUGGCUAUGGCUACAUUUCGUGGCUUGCCUGGGAGAGCUAAACCAUUAGCCUGCGUUCACAGAACCUGUAAAUUAUAGGCAGAGCCUCUGCUUUUCGUGCAGAAGUCUCCAGGUUCAAUCCCAGGUGGAGUUGGAAGAGAUCCCUGCCUGAAACCCUGGAGAGCUGCUGCCAGACAGUGUUGACAGCACUGAGCCAGGUGAAUCAACGAUCUGCCUCGGUAUAACACACCUUCCUGCGUUCUGGCUGCUCUCCUCCAUUUCAUAUCUUGCUCCUUUCACCUUGGUUCUCCCCCCCAAAACACACACACACACACCCCAAGCCUGACUUCUACACUCCAAAGCCUCUCUAGCCCCCCCCAACCUUUCUGCUAAGUUUUACAGCCCGAAAAAGAAGCAGGCGCAUCCUAAACUGCAUGCCGCCCUGAUUAGCAUACAUUCCUGAUUUGCACACACAGUUCUGGAUAGCAGAAAGUGGAGUACUAGGCUGUUGAACUGCGAGGGCUUUUUAAAAGUGUUCGUGUUACUUAACUACUGGAACUACAAAUGUGAAAAUGGUGCUCCUUUCGGAUAGAACUAUGGACCUGCCUUUGCUUUCGGUGUAACGUAAUUCGCCACUAAAUCCGGAAACAUUAGAUGGUUAGCUUCUCCAACCCACGCUGCGCUGCUUUUAUCACUACUGCCCCUGAAUCACUUUCCAAAGAAGGAUUUCCCAACAUUCUCCCUUCGGGAGUCAUACUGCGCGAAGAGUCCUUGAGUCCGGAACAUCUGUGGGGGUGCUGAUGUCACGCUGGAACUUGUUGUCUUUGCUGGGAAAGCUUCACGGAAAUCCUUGGCCGCGAACCCUGUCCUCCUUUUGCUUGGCCAAGAACUGACUCAGCGCUGAAUCACCUGGCGUGUGUUUUUUCUGCAGGAAGGGAGUCGGGAAAGGGACCUCCCUCAUUUUGAGGAGAAACCUUUUUUUUUUUUUAAAAAAAAAGGAGUCUUCUGGCACCUUAGCAAAUCUUUUGUGGACUGGAGUCCAUUUCAUCAGCUGCAUAACUUUCAUCCCAAAUCGGCAGUUUGCAGUGCAAUCUUAACUAAGUCUACUCGGAAGAUGAUAGAUGAUAGAUAGAUAGAUAGAUAGAUAGAUAGAUAGAUAGAUAGAUAGAUAGACUAUUCGCAUUAGCCAACAACCAUGGCAACAUAAAACAAGCAAUAUAUACAAAUAAAAGGGCAGCAAUGGGUAAAAAGGGCGAUCAAAUGACUAAGAUUACUGUUCAGAUAGUGGCCCUUAAUCUCAUUGCACCCUUGAUAAACCUAGCAACCUUUGCUGUUGUCUGUCUACUCGGAAGUAAGUCGGGUGGUAUUCAGUGGGGCUUACUCCCAGGAAAGUGGGGUUAGGAUUGCAGCUUUGUAAUUUGUCUGGGGAUGUCAACACAUCAUAUAUUUAAAGCAUCCUCCCCUCUAAAAAAAGAAAAGAAAAAAGAAUUCUGGGAACUUGGGGGGGGCGGUGUUAUCAUGGACUUGUAGGCAGGAGUCGAUUUGUACAAUCUCCCGUUUAAAUGCAAUCAAAAUCUAAUUGGCUGCAGCAGAAGUUGGGGGAAGAAGUAGCCAGAAGCGAAGUCUGUGGCUGGAGCCCAGAGCUGCAAGGAGAAAGGAAGCCUCAUACAGUGGUACCUCGGGUUACUUACGCUUCAGGUUACAUACACUUCAGGUUACAGACUCCGCUAACCCAGAAAUAGUGCUUCAGGUUAAGAACUUUGCUUCAGGAUGAGAACAGAAAUUGUGCUCCGGCGGCGUGGCAGCAGCAAGAGGCCCCAUUAUCUAAAGUGGUGCUUCAGGUUAAGAACAGUUUCAGGUUAAGAACAGACCUCCGGAACGAAUUAAGUACUUAAACCGAGGUACCACUGUACUAGUAUGGGAAUGUUUGGGCGUAAAAAGCAACACCAGCCCUGUCCUCCCUGAGUCUGGGCCAAGUGAGCCAUCAGAGCAUGGUCUGUUUAGAUAAAGAUCUGGCUUUGGGGUUUAACACGCCAGCUUGGAAUAAUAAAAAGGAAGCUGUUCUGAUUUAGCUGAUGGGGCGUUUUGAGAGGGAGGCGAGAAUAGGGGUGCCUGAGUUGCACAGAGGCCUCCUAGCAGAAGUGAGGAGUCACAGGGAGUCACGGGGAAGAGCAUGCAGGAGAUGGGGGCGCUGGGUGAAAGCAGAAGGGCAGAGAGUGCCAGUGCUUUUUUUCCUGCAACUGACACCCUGAAAUCAGCUCAUCUGGGAGCAGGGUUUGUGUGCCCAAGUGCUUCUGUGCACCUGAAAUCCCAUCUCUUCCUGUUUGCCAUGCAAUCGCUUCUUCCAUGGAAGAGUUGAAUGACACUGGGGGGUGGGGUGGAAAAAGCUUUCCACAGAUCAGACGCGGUGACAAAUCUGACACAGGGCCAGUUUGUUUGUUUUUGGCUUUCCUGCCUAGCCCUUCCACCAAAGAGCUGGUGGCAGUCUGCAUGUUCACCUUUAUCUGCACAACAGCCCUGUGAGGUGGACCAUUUGCUCUCUUUCAGCCUCGCCUGUAAUUGAACAGGGAUCUGAAUGCAAGCCCAGCUCUCCAACCAGAAGACAGGGAACCUGCAGCCCUUCAGAGGCUGCUGGGCUCACAACUCAUGAGUCCCAGCCAGCAAAGCCAGUCAUCGGGGUGAUGGGGUCCAAUGAUGUCAGGAGGGCCACAGGUUUGCCAUCACUAGCCCACAGAGGCUGUCAGAGGCUCUCCAGCAUUUCAGGCAAAGAAAGGUCUUUUGCAUUUGCGUUUAUAUUCCCCUUUUUUCCCUCCAAGCAGCUCAUGGUGGAGAACAUGGUUCUCCCACUCCUUGUUUAAUCCUCACAACAACGCUGUGAGGUAGGUCAGGCAGCGCUUGGACAAAGGUCACCCAGUCAGCUUCAUGGCUGAAUGGGGAUUUGAACCCUGGCCUCGCAGAUCCUAGUCCCGUCACUCUAACCACUAUACCACACUGGCUUUGCAGCCCCACCUGGAGAUUCCAGGGACUCAGGAAGAAUCAUAGCACCAUAGAGUUGGAAGGGACCCUGACGAUCAUCUUGUCCAACCCCCUGCAAUGCAGGAAUAUGCAACUGUUCCAUACGAGGAUCAAACCUGCAACCUUGGCGAGACUAGCUUCUGGAUAAUAAUAAUAAUAAUAAUAAUAAUAAUAAUAAUAAUUUAUUUGUACCCCGCCCAUCUGGCUGGGUUUCCCCAGCCACUCUGGGCGGCUUCCAUAGAAACCAAAAAUACACUAAAAUAUCACACAUUAAAAACUUCCCUGAACAGGGCUGCCUUAAGAUGUCUUCUGAAUGUCAGGUAGUUGUUUAUCGCUUUGACAUCUGAUGGGAGGGCAUUCCACAGGGCGGGCGUCACUACUGAGAAGGCCCUCUGCCUGGUUCCCUGUAGCCAUAGGGCCAUAAACCCAUCUAAUCCAGCAUCCCACUCUAACAGUGGCUAGGCAAAUCCCCCUUCUGGAACAGGAUUCAUUAAUGUGUUAUGGGGAAUGCAUCAACAUGCUACCCGAUGUGGUAGAGAGGGGUUUAGUUUCUCCUCUUUCCCUUUGCGGGUAUCUUUCCCCUGGUUCUCCCCUUUUAACCCUUGUUAGCCGUCUCCUUUCUCCAAGCCUUCCUCUCCAGUUUAGUGAAGAUGCCGUCUGCGACCCUCUCUGAGAGGCCUCCCGACUGCCCUUCCUUUCCACACCAGGCACAGGGUAGAGAGAGCGCUCACAGCCUAUAAAUCACCUGGCACACAGAGAGAGUAGAUAAAUAUUUAGACUGGCUCAGCGGCGCUGCUGGGUCACCCGCUUGCUGGCGUGACGGGAACGAGAGUUCGCAAGGGCUGGAGAAUGAUUGGGACUUGCGAGAGAGUGAAGUAGCUGGCCGACGUGGGGCCCGGAGGGAGAACCACAGCUGAAAGCAAAUAGGUUUGGGAGCCAAAGAGCCGGAAUGUUGCCUGAGUGACUCCUCUCUUUCUGUCGCAAGGGGGGUUUCACAUUAGGGAGUUUCAGAGGUCACCCCCUCCACCAGGGAAAGGCUUGUGGACAGUCAGCCCUGACCCCCUCCAGGUUACUCCAUUUCAUUCCUCCUCCUCCUCCCACUCCAAAUAUUCAGCCAGGAUUCUGUGGCCACUGAGCAUGCUGAGUCCUCACUGGGCUGACUACUCCCAUUUCUGCCCACCCCCCUCUGAUAUUUGUACUUCUGCAAAACCGUGAGCUUUUCAGGUGAAUGGUCCUAUCUCUGCUGCACUAGGAAUGGCGCUCAUGCUUGGACGUUGGAAAUAAAGGGAAUGAGUGGGUGUCUGUUGUUGUCUGAAAAGCUCUCUCAAAAGGCGGGUGUAGGGAGGAGCCCCUGGGAGUAGAAUUGGCAACCUUGCAUGUAGGAUUGCCACAUCUAUCAAGCCAGCAGAGCUGCAGUUUGGAGCAGCUUUCUGGGAAGUUUAAUAUUUUUUGGACUGCUCCAGCCCACCCAGCUUGAACAUUGCACCCUCCCAGAAAGGAAGGGCCCCCCUAAACACUGAACAUAGGGAGCUACCUUACCUGUAGCUCAACAUUGCCUACACUGACUGGCAGCAGCUCUCUAGUGUUUUAAGCAGGAGCCUCUCCCGCCCCUACUAGGAUUGAACCUGGGACUUUCUGCAUGCAAAUCCCAUCCUUUGCUACUGGGCUGUGGCCUUUCUCUGCAGCACACACUGCCCACACUUUUCUAGGCUUCGCCCUAGAAUGCAUGACGACUAGAAACAUGGAAUGGGCUGGCUGCAUCCUUCCCCCAAGAGAGCAGGGAAGGAGCCCAAAGAGAAGUACAAGCUUGCAAGAGAAGCUCUCUGUGUGUGUGCUUGGGAUCAUCUCCUCUUCCCCAUUCAUCUUCUUCUGUGUUUUAAAUGCAUCCAGCCAACACCCAACUCAAUCCUGGGUCCAGCAUGCAGCUGUGCUGUCAGCUGUCUGGUCGUUUCCUGCAUUGUCUGGCCGGCCUGUGGUACUCUUGGGAGGGGAAGACGGUGAAUCAGCCUUGGAAUGUAUGCAGGCAGACCCAGAGGUCAUCCCAGGGAGAGAGGCUUAGCCAGAGUGGAGCUCAGUUCCUGAGCUCUGGGUCUUAUAAAGGCAGGUGCCUGGAAUGCCACACAGUUCCAGGGGGGAGAGGAGCUAGGACAGGAGGCCUCACUGUGCUAAUUUAGUCUUCCAGGAUGAGUCUUCUUGUAGAUAAGGGACUUUUUCAUCCCGAGAGCCACAUUCCCUUCUGGGCAGCCUUCCAAGGGCCACAUUCAGUGGUGGGCAGGGCCAGAGGCAGAAGUGGGCGGAACAGCAGAUGUAAAGUUGACCUUCCUACAGCAGGCUGGUUUCUACACACACACACACACACACACACACACACACAGUGGAGCCAGGUGAAAACACUCAAAGCUACAAACAGAUUUUAUUUUAUUGGAAGCAAGUAACAUGGAUAUAAGCACUAAACUUGCACUAUAUUCCACCAUAUUUUCAGAAGCGGCCUACACUUCAUGUGAAAUCUCAGUGUGGGACUUAGCUGUUAGGGGACAGUUGUGGAAAUGGAAUAAACUGUCAUGUGAAGUUCCUCAUUACUGCAGGUUUGAUUAUGUGUGUCACCUCAGUACCACACAUUUGAUCGGAAUUGCAGCCCCAGGUGGAAGGAUUUGUUCUGCGAUUUAUUGGGGAUGGCAUCAAUGUAAUUUCAAUCACCUGGAAAUUUCCCCAUCUAUCUCUUCUCUCCCUGCUCCCCCUAUCAUCUUCCUGUGGUGUGUUUCCAGUUUUGUGGUUCAACAGCUGAGUGUCAGGUAGAAAUUCAAUAGUGUUUCCUAUCUUGGACCUGGGGAAAGUCCCGGGAUGGAAACUGGCACAGGAGAGACCAACAUUCCCAGCAUCCCUAGUUAGGGCUAGGAGAGAAUCCUGUCUGAAAUCAUGGAGAGCUGCUACUAGUCUGUGUAGACAAUAUUGAGCUAGAUGAACCAAUGAUCUGGCUUGUUGUAAGUCUGCUUCCUGCGUUCUCCUCUUUCUGUUUGCAGAUUUGUUGCAGCUCAGACACAGUAAAUUCCCAUGAUGACAACCCAUAUUCCCUCCCCCUUGUCUUCUCUUGGCUGAGGUCCUAGGAGAAACCCUCCUGCAGGCCUUUAUUUGGAGCCCCCCCCCCAGUGAACUGUAUAGACCCAGUUAAUGCCCCUGUUACCUUAAGCAAUGCCUGUGUGGAGUCUGAAUUCUGCAGGCAGAGUUCAACAGACAACACCCUGGGGUCUGUGUCCAGCCGCAAUAAGGUAUCUGCACCCUCAGUGAAUGGAAGCUUAGACAGAUGGUUUACACAACCAUGUCAAACUGAAACCAGGAAUGUAUUUUAACUCUUCCCCCUUUUCUCUUUAGGAGGUGAAGAUUUUCCGAGCCCUAAUCCUUGGAGAACUGGAGAGGGGCCAGAGUCAAUUCCAGGCACUUUGCUUUGUCACAAGGCUCCACCGCAAUGAGAUCAUUCCCAGUGAGUCCAUGGCCAAGCUAAGACAGGUGAGAAGAUGGAGGGAUGGUCAUUGGUUCUUGCAUUUAGGGUAAAGUGACCCUAAGGCACAUGAUUCGUCUUUUUGUUCUUUAAAUUUACUGGUCCCCUUUUCAGUGGAGCAGGGAUCAAUGUCCUAGGUGACUUUCAGAAAAUAAUUGUGACAACUAACCGAGAUUUUCAAAUGUUUGCAUAAAAGGUGCAAGUAUUUACCAUGUCCAGUGAAUUAACUAUGCACAACCCAUCCUCAGAUUCACCCCCCCCCAUUGGAUUAGAACAAAUUCUGCUGCAGGCCAGUAUUAGGAGCCCUACCUGGGCACUGUGUAUAGCCCUGUUAAAUAAGCCACUUAAGUCAGCACCUCGAUGGAACCUGAACACAGGAGUUCAUGGUUCAUCGCAGCAGGCAUUCACCUGCUUGCAAAAGGGGGAAGAGAGAGGAUUUUCUUGGUGGAUUUCUAGGCCACAAAGCUGCUGUUUCUAUAGAAAAAGGUGUGGCAUUCGUACGGAGGCCCCGGUCGUCUCACGGACUAUUGACCCCUACACCACUAAUCCCCUGCCACCAGCCAGGUCCUCCCUGGUAAAAUCACUUCAGUCUCAGUCAGCUUUUCAAUUAAUAAAGAAGAGUGUAUUUUAUUUCAGACACAAACAAAACUUUUACAGCAUUCCAAAUGUUGUUGCUCUUUACUUUCUUAGUCUUAUUUUCCUCUCUCUAUCUCUUUUACCUCCCCACACUCAAGAACCCACUGCCCUGUCUCUCUAUUACCAACUGCCUUUCCCAACCAGCCAACCCACGAACUCCAACCAACUGCCCACCAACAACUCCCAAGGAACUCCUCCCAGAACUAGUUUUAUAGACCCACUGACUCCACCCCCCUGGGUCCUGUCUGUGCAACCUAUUUAACUAUUUCCCCUCCAGCACUCUCUCAUAUAUGUUAACGUCACAAAAGGCUCUGCUGUGGCUCCCCAUUAAUCGCACUUCAGAGCCUAACAAACAAGUUGCAUGCAACAGAAACCCAACCAGCUGCUUUUGUCAAGUGAAGGCAACUUUGCAAGGAAUGGGAUAAGGAGUGGAGAAGCAGCAGGAGGGAAAUGCCUAACCCUUUCCCCUACAUGUCUCCACUCCAGCUUUAUCUCCCCAAGCAAUUUUUUCUCUUUACAACAUCCAGACACGCAGUUGCCCCUCUUGAACACCUGCUUGGAGACCCACGGAGGGAAAACCAGCUUGGGGGGUAGAUUUGGAGCAAAGAAAUUGCAGGCAGAAAAAGGGAGUUUUAUCCUUUCCCUCCCGCCACCUUUGCAAAGUUGUCUUCCCCACACCCUGUCCCCUGUUGUGUGGUCCCAGUAAACAAUAAGUUUGGCUUGUUGUGUGGUGUGAACCAAGGCAAGAUUACAUCCUUCCACUAAUUCUUUUUUUUAAAAUAAAUAUUUUUUAUUAGAUUUUCCAUUAAAAAAAAAACAUUUUUACAAAAUUAUACAUCCAUUUUUAACUUAAACCCUUUUUUCCAGAACUUCCCUCAGCUUGUCUGAUAAUUUCCCGUUUAUUUUUUAUCCUUGUCUCACAUUUCCCAAUAUUAUAUUGUGUGGUGUGAACCAAGGCAAGAUUACAUCCUUCCACUAAUUCAGCUAUAUCUUAACUGAAUUUGAAUUAACAUUGCAAGUGUUUCUAGCAAACAGGAAAGCUUUUGAGUAAUUUCCUUAAUUUUAGCACUUACUAUUUUGGUCAAUUUAGUAUAUUUGUGUUAAUGAAGAGGCAGUUAGAUUUUUAUUUAAAAAUAUGUCUCUUCCCCCCCCCCCAUCCCAGUUGAUGAGGCAUGGUUGCCUCAUAUGUCAGUGCUGCUUUUUUUAAUGGUAAACUGCUGUGAGUUUUAGGGGAGCAGACAAUGAACUAUUUAUGCCUGCGUGCUUCUAUUCAUUUAUGGUAGUUAAAUACGCAGACCGACCCUCAGCGAAAAACAGCUGUUGGGUUUUAAAAUGACAUUGGUGAUAGCAAAGCUGAUGAGACUUUUCCACUGCUUUCUCCCUGGCCAGAAAAAUCCACGGACUGUGCGGCAAGCCGAAGAGGUGCGUGCCCUUGAGCAUCUCAGCAUGGAUGUAGCUGUCAACUUCAGCAAAGGGGCUCAGCUCAGCUCCCACAUCCACAACGUCUGUGCGGAGGCCAAAGAGGCCAUCUACACCCGGGAAGAGGAUGUGAAGUUCUGGCUGGAGAAAGGUAGGUGGCGCCGUUCCCAUUUGACAUCUUCCUUCUGCAGCAGUGACAGUGGAGAAUGGCAAGAAUAGCUAACGGCUGGCCCUCUCCAGAUGUUGCUGGACUCCAACUCCCAUCAGCCCCAGCCAGCAUGGCCCGCUGAUCAUGGAAGAAGCAUGGGGAACCUGGUUCAAGGAGUCUGAUGCAGAAGGUAGCAAGCAAGAAAAGGCACCUGAGGAGAAUGGGUGGGUUUAGGGCAGGCAUGGCCAAACUUGGCCUUCCAGCUGUUUGGGGACUACAAUUCCCAUCAUCUCUGACCACUGGUCCUGUUAGCUAGGGAUGAUGGGAGUUGUAGUCCCAAAACAGCUGGAGGGCCAAGUUUGGCCAUGCCUGGUUUAGGGCAUUGGACACCUUUGGAUGUUGGAGGCUGGUAAAAACUAGAGGAGCUUUGGUCCGCAUUCACACCAUACAUUUAAAGUGCUAUGAUACCACCUGAAACAUUUGUGGCUUCCCCCAAAGGAUUCUGGGAGCUGUAGUUUGUUAAGAGCGCUAAAAGUUGUUAGGAGGCUCCUUAUUCCACUCAGAGAGCCACACUUCCCAGAGUGGUUGAACAAUCAAUCCCUCUUCCUAGGGAACUCUGGGAAUGGUAGUUCUGUGCGGUGGACAGGGGCCUCAACAAUUCUCUGUUUUUAUUUAUAUAAUUUUUAUUAAAUUUUGUGUUUUAUAAUUUAAACUACUCCUUUUACGUCCUUAAGAUAUCAAUGACUUCCCUUUUUCUCUUUCCAUUUUACAUAUCAUAAAUCCCUGCAUAUUUUACAAAAACUGUACUAUUCAGUAUUCCAUUAUUGGGUCCCUCAAAACUUGUUUACACUGUUGAAUUUAUCUUGAUGCUGCCAGCAUUUUCAGCUGCAUGCAAUUAUUUCCCAUAUAUUCAAUAAACAUUUGCCAAUCUUCUUUAAAUAUAUGUUCUUCUUCUCUUAUUCCAGGGGUCAGCAAACUUUUUCAGCAGGGGGCCAGUCACUGUCCCUUAGAACUUGUGGGGGCCGGACUAAAUUUUUUGGGGGUGGGGAAAUGAAUGAAUUCCUAUGCCCCACAAAUAACCCAGAGAUGCAUUUUAAAUAAAAGCACACAUUCUAUUCAUGUAAAAACACUCUGAUUCCCAGACUGUCCAUGGGCCAGAUUUAGAAGGCGAUUGGGCCAAGUCUGCCCCCCGGGCCUUAGUUUGCCUACCCAUGUUGUAUUCUAUAUGUUAAGUCUGCAAGUUGUGCAUAUUCUGACAACUUAAGUUGCCAUUCUUCUUUAGUUGAGACCUCGCUCGUUUUCCAGUUUGGGGCUAACAAAACAUGGGCCGCAUUAGUAGCAUACAUAAAUAGUCAUUUUUGACACCAGGGGCCUCCUAACAAUUCUCAGCCCCCUUAACAAACUACAGCUCCUAUAAUUAUUUGGGGGGAGCCAUGACUGAGCCAGAGGGAUGCGGGUGGCGCUGUGGGUUAAACCACAGAGCCUAAGACUUGCCGAUCAGAAGGUCGGCGGUUCGAAUCCCCGCAACGGGGUGAGCUCCCGUUGCUCGGUCCCUGCUCCUGCCAACCUAGCAGUUCGAAGGCACAUCAAAGUGCAAGUAGAUAAAUAGGUACUGCUCCAGCGGGAAGGUAAACAGUGUUUCCGUGCGCUGCUCUGGUUCACCAGAAGUAGCUUAGUCAUGCUGGCCACAUGACCCGGAAGCUCUACGCCGGCUCCCUCGGCCAAUAAAGCGAGAUGAGCGCUGCAACCCCAGAGUCGGUCACGACUGGACCUAAUGGUCAGGGGUCCCUUUACCUUUACCUAUGACUGAGCCAGGGGCAUUGCAGUGCUGUAAACAGCAUAAGGCAGCUUCCUAGGUCCCCAUGCCAGAUCAUUUCCAAAUCCAGCACAACCAUUCUGGUUAAAGCCCUAAAGGAGUGGAGACCCAGGUACCUUGAGGACCACCUCCUCCCUUAUGAACCCACCUGAGUGCUUAGGUCCUCGGUGGAGACCCAGCAUUGGCUGAGAUCUCUUAAUAACUCUCAGCACCCUUAACAAACUGUGGUUCCCAGGAUUCUUUGGGGGAAGCCGUGAUUGUUCAAAGAGCUAUCGCAGUGCUUGGAUGCGGCCUUGGCACGGGAAGUGACUUUCUGUCUUUGUGGCUCUCUUGCAGGCGUGGACGGCUCCAUGUUCGAGGUCCUGCCCCAGUCGGCUGACCUUCCCAACUUGCAGCGGUGCCGCCUGUGUGCAGAUCGCUGGAGGCCCUGCAUCUGCAGCUAUGCGCUGAGCAUCGAGUGGUACCCCUGCAUGCUCAAGUACUGCAAGAGCCGCGACGCUGCUGGGAAGGUCUCCUCCUACAAGUGUGGCAUCCGCAGCUGCCAGAAGGGCUACAGCUUUGACUACUACGUGCCGCAGAAGCAGCUGUGCCUUUGGGACGAGGAGACCUAGCAGGGCGCCCAGGCAGCCAUUUUGUCCCAUCGGUGCUUCCCUUCCACCUCCCUUCAUGUGGUUCUGGGUCGCUCUGCCAAGAUGGCUGCCUAGGAAAGGAGGAAGGUGCGGGGCCUAGAGGGGAGGUGGGGCACCUGUCAGGACUCCAUUUUAUAAAGCCUUCGUGUGGGUCUGUCAAACUCCUUUUCUACACAUCUGUGAAAUCCCUCGGACUUGGGGAUAUAGGCUACAUUUGACUAUGACCUUGCCUAAGAAGAUGGUGAGCUGUUGGCACAAGGACGUGCUCUAGGAUAGAGCUGGGGUUGUUGAAGCCUCGGGACCAGGCCCAUCAUGCACCGUUUGACCAUUGGCCCUCUUGAAUUCUUAAGGUCCUUGACAACCCAGACUGAAAUGUGACCCACUACACUCUUUCUGUAUCGUCAGGACAAUUGAGGGGAAAGAACAGAGGCUCUUCCUUGACAAUCUUCCGGAAGGAAUAUGAGAACAGACGAGUAAGGAGGCUCCUCCAAGCACCACACUUUUAUGGGUGUUUAAUCUGCCCAGUGGUGGUCAUGUGGAGCUUGAACCUGUGGCCUCCAUAUCGAAGCUCUUGAACCUGAAGAGCGCCCUGAAACUUGCUACCUGGGUCAACCAGCAGAAGGAAACAAGCAGCCACAACAAGAUGGCUGUUCUACCUUGAACACGCAAUGCUCAUGUGACGAGACAUCAGAACUGGUGUCUAGGUGUGGUGUUCCUGCCCCCUGCUCCUUUUGCAUAGUGAUGGCAGGAAGAUCGCAGAAUAGCAGGAUUGACACCAACCUCAGAAACAAUGCAUCACAUCCCCUAAACAGCAGACCCCUGCAGCAACCAGUGCUUGUUAUUGGUUUCAGCAGUAUGGCUGUACCAGGCUAUACCCAGCAGAUGCCCCUUGAUCAGCUGACUGGCUGAGGUGGAAGAGCAUAACUGAGACCUGCCUCUUGACCCCAGUUGGCUGGUUCACUGAAGAGACCUGUCUCUUGUUCCCGAUUGUUCCCCCCAAGGAGGAGGAAACACCAACCAGGUUCCAGUUAGACGUACUUACACUCCAACCUUGCUAGCAUCUGUCUCCCAGUGGCUGAGGAUCAGUGGGCAGCUAGGAACCGAAGCAAGAAUGAGAAACCUAUGGUCGUCUAGCAGGGGCAAUAGUCAGCAAUGGCUAACAAAAUCUGCAGGACAAUAGGCUCCCCAUCCUUGCAGUAUAGGAAAGUAACCCUGAAGAUGUCCCAGAUGCCUGCAACUCCAGGGUAGCCAGCAUGGUUUGGACUCUUAACUCCCAUCAGCUCCUGCCAGCAUCACCAAAGGUCACUACAGUGCUGUAGUGCAGCAGCAGCUGGACUACCUUAGGUGUCGUCCCCCCACAUCCUGAGCUAACAGAUGCCAAUGAGCAUUUCACAGGCUUAAGCACUAUGGUUCUGUUUUGAGAUCCAAAGCCCCUGUUCCUUCCUUUCUUGUUAACAGAAAGCAAUGUGCCUGUGCAUUUCUACAUGAUGCAAUAUCCCCAAAAUGUGAUAGGACGAAUUGAUGACAAUCCCCAAUUUUGAAAGAGACUCUACUGAUCAAGCCAAGGGGAACAAAGUAAUAUGAGGUGACCACUGUGCAACACUGGUGUCAGAAGUGGCCCAAGCUACAGGAGUAUGUGGGCAUGCCCAGGCAUGAAGGAGAGAGUCUGAUUUAGCUGUGAUUCCUGCAUUGUAGGGGGUUUGGACUGCCAGAUGACCCUUGGCAUCCCUUCCAACUCUAUGAUUAAGGCAUAGAAACCGUCCCUCUAUGCUAAUGCCUGUCUCUCCAGCUCCUAUCUCAGUGGCAGAGCAAUCCAAGCCUUAAAGUGCUGGUUACGUGAUAGAGGUGGUACUAGGAAAUGCACUUGAAUGUAGACAUUAGACUUGCGGUGAGCUUGACAAAAAGGCUGGUGGUGAUGGGUGCAAGUUCCAUCCCCAUCACUUCCGGGGAAACUGUACCCUGUGACUGCGCCUCAGUUUCCCUUAUGUGUAAAAUGUAGUGGAGAAAGGGGGAGUGGUGGCAAUCAUGGAGCAAUGUACAAAGUUUAGCAGAUUUGUUGCCUAGGAUUUUUACAUCCCCUUUUCCCAGGAGAUGGGUAACAGAAGAGCAGCUUACCAACUGGAACCUUACUGCGCAGGGCAGGGGGUGCCCACCAGUGUGCCUGCAUUGGGGGUAUGUGGAUUAUAUGCCCCUUGCGUCCCUUCUGACCCUAUAGUCCUAUGGACAAAAUGCUCUUCAUUAAGGUCAUGCAGUUGGGGUUGAUGGGAGCUGGAGUCCAACAGCAUCGAUGGAGGGACCACCUUGGCACAACUUGGCUUAUGAGGUCUGGGUAGCCCCUUGGUGAACCAGCCUAUCAAUCAGUUGAGGAAAAAUUGUGCACAUUCCAUUGAGAUUUGCAGUAAAAUGGCUAUUGGUGUACUAACCAACCAUGGCAGGAUGUAAAGAGGAGACCUGUUUGGUCAGGCCAGAAGCCCAUCACACCAGCAUCCUUCAUCCCAUUAAUAGCCCCAUCCUCCAUUACUUUGCCUUCUUCCCCUUUAAAGCCACCACUGGCACCUUGUGGCAGGGAAUUCCACAAGUUUGUGUUCAGUUGUGCGAGCAAUGGAGGAGAAACCCCACUUAACCAUUGGUGAGGACCCCAUAAUUUGAUCUGCAAUGUACUGCCCUGUUUUCUUUAUGGCAGGGCUCACAUGCUGAAUUCAAGAGACCCUCUUUUCCCCCCACCGCAGAGAUGCAGUGAAGGGCAGCUUUACCGGCUUGACUUCUGCCUGCCAUGCAGCUGCUUAAAGGCACAGGGGUCUUACCCAGGCAGGGGGGGAGAGGAAGGGAGGUCAACCACAUUCUGCAACCCUCCCUCCCCUCUUUUUCGUUGCCAUCGCCUCCUCCAUGCCUCCUUCCACCGCAAUGUGCCUUUUUCUCUUCUCAACUCUGGACAUUUCAGUCCACAGAAGUUCAAACUUUUAGUGUUUCAUUUCAAAGUCAUUGUUCUGUGUGUUCUUGAGCCUUUCUCACAGAAUUAUUUUUGUAUGCAUCUCUCCCGAGGAGAAGGGGGGGUGAUGGGGAAGGGGGGGUCAGAGUUGCUUUUAAAAAAAUGCCACAUGAAGUGAAACAAAUGUAAAACUUGAAUGGAAAGUAUUUUAAAGCAAAGUAUUUAUCAUAUGUAAGGUGAAUAAACUGAUUUCUUUUGUUUGUUUAAUGC